AUGACAUUUAUAGACAACGUUUGGCGAUCGAAACGCCGUGGCAAGGCCCAAUGCUUCGCAUUCCUCGGGGAAGCCGUGGGCAGGCAGCGUCCCUUUCUAGAGAAUUUGCGGUUGUUAAGCCGCAAACGUCGCGCAGCACUGGGGUCAGCCACAUCGCGCCGAGACAAUAUUUUUAUUCGAGAGGCCCCUGUUUUGCGUACCAGCCUGCCAUCAGCAGUAGUUUCUUCUACAUAUUUUACCCUUGCGCGAACGCUUGCGGGAAGGGGUGAAGAUUCAAUAUAUGGUAACAACUAUAUCCUUUUGUGGUGGAAAUUUGCUUUACCCGCUGGGGAAACUCAGAGAGAGAAUUCAAAUUGCUUGCCCUAG